CCGCUGUUGUCUAGCACGUUUGCUUCGCCUUCCUACGAGACUUGCAAAAUAUGACCAAUCGCAUGUCCCCCUGAGCCCUCUCCACCAAUCGGAACCGUCCGAGGCGUGUCCUCGCCGUGCCUUGUUCCGUGUGGAAAGUUUACCGGCUCGGGUGCAAAGUUUCAGCCGUCUGCAAACCGGGGCUCGUCGGCAAACGUACGAGGACAAUGCUGGAAGCGUACUGUAAACUAUAUUAACUAGAAUCGUAUCGUGGAUUAGUUACCCUUGAGGUUGUCUUCCCAUUUAGCCGAGGGAUGCUGCCGCCGCUGGAUAACCACGGUGAAUGAAAACGCUGUUAGCAUUAGUCGUAUUGUCUCAGGGACCCACCUAUUGUAACGUUAGUCGUUAGCUUGGAGUUGUGUUGAACCGGAUAGCUAGCUAGCUGAUGCUCCAGCGAGCUCGUGAGAAGAAACACUGAACGGUAUUUCACUCGAAACUUGACUCGACGAAGGGGAAAAUGGCUUGCGAGCCCAACCGUGUCCGGCUGCUAUGUAUGCUCUCAUUGACUUUUGGCUUCUUCAUUGUGGAAGUGGUGGUCAGCCGGAUGACCGCAUCUCUAUCGAUGCUGUCGGACUCCUUUCAUAUGCUGUCGGACGUAAUUGCGUUGGUGGUGGCUCUGGUGGCGGUGCGGUUCGCCGAGAAAACCCACUCGACUAACAAAAACACCUUCGGGUGGAUCCGGGCGGAGGUGAUGGGGGCGCUCGUCAACGCCGUCUUCCUCACGGCGCUGUGCUUCACCAUCAUCCUGGAGGCGAUCGAGCGCUUCACCGAGCCCCAUGAGAUCGAAAGCCCGCAGAUGGUCGCCUGGGUCGGCGCGGCGGGGCUCCUCGUCAACCUGGUCGGACUGUGCUUGUUUCACGGCCACGCCGGCGGAGGCCACGGGCAUUCCCACGGAGGACACUCUCAUGGAAAUAAGAGCAAGAGGGGCAAGGCGGGGAAGAUCCAGAAGGCUGGGAACGGGUCAUCGGGAGAGGAGACCAACAACUUGGUGGCGAAUCACAACAGUCCUGGUGAUGUGAGACCGAGAAAAGAAAUCAGCUGUAAAGAGAGCACAGAGGUGCAGAUGAAUGGCAACACCCACUAUGAGGAGAUGGACCAUGAACACGACUCGUCAGCCCAGCUGAACAUGCGCGGGGUCUUCCUCCAUGUGUUGGGCGAUGCCCUGGGCUCCGUCAUUGUGGUGGUCACUGCUUUGAUAUUUAACUUUGUGUGGCAGCCCUGCAUAGACGGCGAGGCGUGUGUAAACCCGUGCAUCAACAGCCACACCACAGACCACCAGCACGUCAACCACACGCUUGUCAACCUGCUGGAAGGUCCGACUAUGUCGACCAUGAAAAUUGCCGGUCCCUGCUGGGUCCUCUACCUGGAUCCCACACUCUGCAUCAUAAUGGUGGGCAUCCUGCUGUAUACUACCUACCCGCUGCUCAAAGAGUCAGCCCUCAUCCUGCUCCAGACCGUGCCCAAGCAGAUCAACAUGCACCGGCUCAAUGAGCAACUGCUGAGUCUGGACGGCGUCCUUGCCAUCCACGAGCUCCACAUCUGGCAGCUGGCCGGCAGCCGCAUCAUCGCCACAGCGCACAUCAAAUGCCACGACCCCACAUCUUACAUGGACGUGGCCAAGCGCAUCAAGGACUUCUUCCACGACGAGGGCAUCCACGCCACCACCAUCCAGCCCGAGUUUGUCACGUUCAACUCGGAGUCUCGAGACUCCCUCUGUGAGCUCUCCUGUCGGACUCAGUGCGCUCCCAAGCUGUGCUGCGGCUCUGCGGACAAACAGAACACAGACUCUGAUAAGAAGGCCGGCAGUGACUGCAAGGCUGCAGCUGCCUCAGCCCUGGAGGUGAUCAGAGAGAGCUCAGAGGAGCCCGCAGCCAUUCAGGUGUGCCCUCAGUCAGAGGCCGAGGUUACCAUCACCAGAGAGGUGGAGUCGUCUCUGUGAGAUGGACUGGAAAGAGAGAAACGGAGGAGAUGCUGGAAAACCACCACACCAGGCUAAAAUCAUUGUCAUGGACGCUGUUAUGUUUUUGACCCGUUGCACUGUCCUGACCGAGACAGUGAAAUGGUUCCCCAUAGUCUUUUAUUCUCUGUCAUUUCCCGCUGGUUGAGGCUUAAAAACCCUCCCAAAAAAUGCAUUUGAGCCGUUUUUUUUCGUCUCUCUCUCUCUCUCUCUCUCUCUCUCUCUCUCUCUCUCUCUCUCUCUCUCUCUCUCUCUCUCUCUCUCUCUCUCUCUCUCUCUCUCUCUCUCUCUCUCUCUCUCUCUCUCUCUCUCUCUCUCUCGAUACACCCUCUCUCCCCUCUCCUUCCUCCCAGCCUCUCCUCUCCCUCUCAGCCCCUCUCUUGUUGUCUGUUGCCCUGGCAGUAUGGCAGCGAUGCAUGUUGGGGUUCACUGACCUUAUCUCCUCCAGGACUGGAGUGAGGCCUGCAUGAGUGUCCCUCAUUAGCACCGUGUCGUGAUGCGUCAUCUCGUCCCAUGGUGUUUCUGUGCCAAAGCUUCUUACUGCAGGACUGAAGGGUUCUGGGAGACCUCCUCUCCUCCACAACACACAACACAUGCAAGUCGGAGCACACAUCACUUGGUUAUUUUGUUUAGCUUAUGGACCUCUUGGCAAGAAGUCUACCUUUUCAUUUUUCUUACCCUCUGGCCCCAAAAGGAAUAAUAUUGUAUUGCAUACUAAUUUAAGUAUUUAAGUUAUUAGAAAUGAUCUAUUUCUCUCUGUAGAUGCUGUUUGUAAUUAGUUUGGGUGAUUUAAACCUUUUAAAAAAUUUUCUGUCUUGUCUGUUUUUUGACGGACCAUCUAUGCUGUAGUGUUUUUAUUUCAAAUGUGACGUUUUCUAAUGUGUCUGUUCUUCAAGACUUUCUUCUGGCCUUGACUCAGUUUUAAUUGCAGUCAUUAGUUGGAUACAGAAGCCGUAUCAACACCUCUCUCACCUUGCCUUUAAACAUAAGAAACUGCUGUGGUAGAGCACUAAGUGUAGUAGACACGGUGUGACCGAACUUCUUGCAACGGCACAGUCACCUGAUUUAACGUUCAUUUACAAAUUUGAUGCCUUGCAAGCCAGAGGAUCGGGUCUGUUGCGAAGAAAUGAGCACUGUAUGCCAUUCUGACAAAAUAAAAAAUGAAACAUUCUCUGUACGAAUCUGUACUGAAAAGCCUUCUGACGACGGCUGUUGAUUUGAGUAAAAAAUCCUCAUGAAUGUGAUCGGCACCUCGUCACAAUCCUUGCUGAGGUAGGUUUUAUAUUUCCGGGACGCUCUACUUUGUUCACAUGACCAAACCGAGACUUGGUGUCCGAUAUUUAGGAGCUCCACUAAGAGCGCCAGUUUGCUGCUUACCAGAACCUGCUGGUAUCCCCCGACAUUACUCAACUGUAAUAACUGUGUAGGGAAUGACUGAUCUUACAGCUUUUCUGUCCUCUGCAUUGGACAGCUGAGCACGCUGUUUCUGCUGAAUUGAAGUCCAUACGGUGGCCUUGGACAUUUUCUGAAUUUUCACUCAUCACCACAGAUAUCAUUUAAAGGUGGUCCAUCGAUGCGUUUCAUAUUUUCACUCCGGAAUAAAUGUGUAUGCAAUAUAGAACUAUGUGCUGGGAAAUGUACUUUGACGCGUUCCUUCAUUUGUAAUGUUUGGUCACUUUUAUUCUGUGUCUUUUAAGAUUGAGCUCCAUGUUCAAAUUGAAAACAAGGUGUUUUUUUAAUUUUAGAUAUGAUGACAUGUCAACUGAUGUGUUUUUGAUAUACUAUAUAUCUACAGUAACUGUCCAAUGUGUCAUAAAUGUGAAAUAAAUAAAAUGUGGCUGUUUGGUACAGUUGAUAAAGCCAAA